ACCAAGUUGCAGACACAGCUGGGUUCUCUGCUUUAUGAGUACACUGUCCAUUUUUCAUUUUACUUUUUCUUUAUCUUUCAUAAUGAACACUUGACCUUUGAUGUCCAGUUUCCAUUUUAUUACUGUUGAGGUAAAAAGGAAGACCUCUCAUGAGGCAUUUUGUUUUUUACGAACAGAAAAAGGACUAAUAAUGGAUAUUCACUUUAUUUCUGAUUUAUGAAUACGUGGAAUUUUCGUUGAGUGCUUGCAGAAAUUUCUAUUUUCUCCUUUCCCACGAAAGUGCACCAAACCAUUACCAGUCUCGAAAACCUUUCCAUCUUUUCAUUUAUCAUCUGCCGACAGAGAAGUUGAGUAAAAGUUUUCUUGCUUGUAGAAACUGAGUAUCAAGAAGUUCAAGACUAUCCGAAAAUCACAAACUACAGGUUUAAAGUGAAUAAUCCAUUUGAUUUAAUUCCUUUCUUUCAACAAACAGAAGUUAUCAUCAUGGCUGUGGGAGAGCUCUUUCUCUCUGCGUUCCUUGCAAUGUUGUUUGACAAAUUGACAUCCCCUGAGUUGCUGCAGUUUGCAAGUCAAGAGGGUGUACGCUCAAAGCUGAAGAAGUGGGAGAAGAAGUUGAAGUUUAUUGAUGCUCUGCUCAUGGAUGCCGAGGAGAAGCAACUGACGGACAGGGCUGUGAAAAUGUGGCUGGACGAGCUCCAGGACUUGGCUUAUGAUGUGGAGGACAUUCUGGAUGAGUUUGCAACUGAAGCUUUAAGGCGAAAGGUGAUGUCUGAACACCAUGCUAGCAGUAGCAAGGAACGUAGCUUUAUCUCAGCUUGUUUCACUGGUCGGACUCCAAGUGCUGUGAAGUUCACUUUCAACAUGAGGUCCAAGAUAGGUGUUAUUACUAGCAGAUUGGAAGAACUCUGCAGACAAAGAACUGAGCUUGGAUUGGAAAAGAUUUCGGGGGGGACAUCAACUACUGCAUGGAAUAGACCAUCCAGUACAUCUGUGCAAAUCGAGCCUGCUAUUUUUGGGAGGGAGGAAGACAAAGCCAAGAUACUACAAAUGGUGUUAAGUGGGGAAUCAAGUGAAGCCAACUUUUGCGUUACACCGAUUGUUGGUAUGGGGGGAAUUGGUAAAACAACACUUGCUCGAGAGCUCUACAAUGAUGACAAGGUUAUCGAAGUUUUCAAUCCAAGAGCAUGGACGUGUGUCUCGGAUGAUUUUGAUGUUCUGCGUAUCUCUAAGGCAAUUCUUGAGUCAAUCACUUCAUCAUCUUGUAGUCUACAGAACUUAAAUGAAGUGCAGGUUCAGUUGAAAAACAAAGUAGCCGGACAAAAAUUCUUCCUUGUAUUAGAUGAUGUUUGGAGCAGAGAUUAUGGCUUGUGGGAAACUCUUAAGUCUCCCUUCAUGGCUGGGGCACCAGGAAGUAGGAUAAUUGUGACGACACGCAGCGUCCAUGUAGCUUUAACCAUGGGACAAAGUGAAUAUUUUGAGUUGAAACUUCUUUCAAACGAUGAUUGUUGGGGCAUAUUCGAGAAGCAUGUUUCUGGGUGCAGAGUUGUUUCACGCCAGAAUUUGAAUUCAAUUCGUGAUAAAGUUGUUGAGAAGUGCAGAGGGUUACCAUUAGCAGCCAGGACUCUUGGGGGUCUUUUACGAUCUAAGCAAAGAUAUGAUGAGUGGGACGAUAUAUUGAACAGUAAAUUAUGGGAUUUACCUGAAGAAAAUGGCAUUCUCUCUGUUUUGAGACUAAGCUACCAUCAUCUUCCUUCGCAUUUAAAAAGGUGUUUUGCUUACUGUGCUAUUUUCCCCAAGGAUUAUGAAUUUAUGGAUAAGGAACUUAUCCUAUUAUGGAUGGCAGAAGGUCUUAUUCAACAAUCUAAAAACAAGCAUCUGGAAGACUUAGGUCGUGAGUAUUUUUGUGAUUUAUUGCCGAGGUCAAUAUUUCAACGGUCAAGUAUCAAUGGUUCAAAAUAUAUAAUGCAUGACCUUGUCAAUGAUUUGGCUCAAUGGAUAUCUGGAGACACAAGUUUUAGAUUGGAGGAUGAAUGCAGUCUCAUGUCAAUAAAAGGAUUUGAUAGAAUUCGACAUUCUUCUUACACAUUUAAAUGUUAUGAAGUAAAAAAGGAUUUUGAAGCUCUCUAUAAAGUUGAGUCCUUGAGGACGUUGCUGAGAAUAUUCUUCACAUCAACGUACGAAAACACUUACAUUAAUAAGAUGGUUUUUUUGGAUUUAUUGCCAAAGCUCAAAAAACUGAGAGCACUAUCUUUAACAAAGUACCAUGUGAUGGAACUACCCAGCUCAAUUGGAGAUCUAAAACAUCUAAGGUAUAUUAACCUUUCUGAAGCUGGGAUAAAAUGUUUACCUGAGUCAACAUGUUUACUGUUCAAUUUACAAAGUUUGAUGUUGAGAAAUUGUUACUAUCUCGAGAAGUUGCCUUCACACGUGGGAAAUUUGAUCAAUCUACGCCAUUUUGAUAUUAGAGGGUCAAGAUUAAUAAGGGAGAUGCCAUUGGGAGUGAAAAAGUUAAAAUGUUUGAAGACACUGUCAAAUUUUAUUGUUGGUGAAGGUAGUAUUGGAUCUAGCUUGAAGGAUUUGAAAAGCUUAAAGUUUCUUUGCGGAGAGCUCUGCAUUUCACGUUUAGAGAAUGCAGUGGAUUGUCAAGACACAACAGAGAUGAUAUUGUGCGAGAAGAAGGACUUAGAAGCAUUGGCACUAGAAUGGAGUUUGUCUAAUCCCUCGCAAGAUGAAGCAGUUAAAAUUGUUCUUGACAUUUUACAACCUCAUGAAAAUCUUAAAAAGCUCACAAUAAGAAAUUAUGGCGGCCAAAAACUUUCAUCUUGGAUAGGAGAUCCAUCAUUCUCCAACAUGGUAGAUUUGAAAUUGGAUGGAUGUGAAAACUGCACAACCUUGCCUUCGCUAGCACUGAUGGGCUCGCUUCAGAACCUGACAAUCAGAUUGAUGGGAAAAAUAAAAAAGAUAGGUGGUGAGGUUUAUGGAGAGGGUUGCUCAAAGUCUUUUCAAUCGUUGCAGAAACUUUGUUUUGAGAAGUUGCAAGAGUGGGAGCAUUGGGACCCUGUAGAAAAUGACCAUGUCGAAAGAUUCCCUCGCCUCCAAAAGCUUUCAAUUUCUCAAUGUCCUAAACUCUAUGGAAGAUUACCUAAUCAUCUCCCUUUGUUGGAUAAUCUUGUGAUUGAUGAGUGUGAGCAGUUAGUGGAUUCAUUUUCAAGCCUUCCAAUGCUCAGAUCAUUAAAAAUAAAUAGAUGCAAAGGAAUUGUUUGUUGUAGCCCAGUUGAUUCAAGGGCACUAAACUCCAUGAGUACAGGUGGAGAAUCAAAAUUUCCAGUGUUUAAAAGUUGGUCAAGGGAGGGAUUUCAGAAACUAGAACAUCUGUCAAUUGGUGGCUGUGAAGAGCUCAUACAUUUAUGGCCAAGUAAGAUUUGUCCAGAGAAUGCACCACAAGAGUUGAGUUGCUUCACCUCCCUUCAAGAGCUGCAUUUAAAAGAGCUCCGGAAUCUUGUUUCGUUUCCAGAUGGGUUACUUUCAAUCUUCAGCAUUGUUUCAAUCACCAAAUGUGAUGCCCUAACAUCCUUGCACGAGGGGUUGAAGCACAGCAAUGCACGUCUCAGGUCCUUAGAGGUUUAUGACUGUCCUUCUCUAAAAUUCAUCGUGAGAGGCCGUUUACCUUCAUCUCCAAAUAGGCUUUCUAUUUAUAGAUGUGAAAACUUGAUGUGCGUUUUGGAUGAUAGAGAAGAUAUUUGUACUUCUUCUCCAUCUUCUUCUUAUUCACUGGUACACAGGGAUGACGUGGACAACACCAGCACAUCUCUUCUCUACAAAUUAAGAAUAGUGGAAUGCCAUUCUUUGACGCAUUUAUCCUCAACAGACCAGUUACCUUCAACACUCGCGGAGCUUUGUCUUUCAAACUGUUCAAGUCUCAGAACCUUGGGACAGUUAUCAAAGGGACUUGUGUCCUUUUUUAUUAACAACUGCCCAAAGCUAGAGUCACUAGCAUCUGGGAGUUUUGACUGUAACAUGCCUAUUGAGAUUCUUGCUAUCGUGGGUUGUGAAAACCUUAAAUCCAUUCCGGAGGGCUUACACACUCUUUGCAAACUACGUCGUAUGCUUAUCAGUAGGUGCCCAAGUCUUGUUUCGUUUCCAAAAGAUGGGUUUCCUGACACUGAUUUAGAAGUAGAGAUCUAUGGGUGUGAGAAACUACAAGCCCUACCUAGCCGCAUGCACACCCUCAAAUCUCUUCAAGAGCUAUCCUUAUUGGAAUGUCUUAAUAUCGAAUCCAUUACAGUAGAAGAUUUCCCCCCCAACCUAAAAUCACUUGAACUCCCUCUCAAUAUCUACCAGCCACUGACUGAGUGUGGUUGGCACAAACUUAGCUCUCUUACGAGUCUCAGAAUUUGGGGAUUACCUAAUGUAAUAUCUUUCCCAGAAAAGAAGAUUAUAGAAAUAAAGUUUCCCAUCUCUCUAAUUGAUCUGAGCAUUGUUCGUUUCCCGAAAUUGAAAUACCUAUGUUCCAAAAAUUUCCGAGUUCUUAGAUCUCUCAAAUUUUUGACUUUCAAUGAUUGCCCAAAUCUCACAUCCUUUCCAGACCUUCCGUCCUCGCUUUUGCGGCUACAUAUUUAUAGAUGUCCUUUAAUACAAAAACAGUGCAAAAGGAAUGAAGGCCAAGAAUGGUCCAAGAUAGUUCACAUCCCUUGCGUUAAGAUAAAUGGAAAAUUCAUCUACACUCUGGAAGAGGAAAUGAGCUGAAUCCGAUACUAAUUCCUUCCAUCAUUGUAAUCAAUUUAGGGAGAAACUAAACAAUCUGGCACUGGAGGCAAAAUGCCAACAUUGCAAUGGCAGGGGUAGUUUUUCUUCUACCUAGUAAUUCAUGGAGCUUAAUUUGGAUGUGGAAGGCAAUGAUACUCUAUGUGGAUUACAGAGCUUUGGUGGCGUUGGUGUUCAAAUGUUGCAGUUUAGCUUGCUGGAGUGUUAUGGGAAUAUCAGUGAAGAUUUUGUUGAAGCCUUUCAAAGUAAAUGAUUGUCCUUUGCAAAAAGAAAGAAAAAAGAAACAGCACUCCACACGAGGAAGAAUGGAGAUUCAAUUCAUUAUUCAGGGCAUGCCCUUGUACUCUUUUCAGCUCAAUGAAGAAAGAGGCAAACAACAGAGCUGACCACAUUGUGGAUACAACAAUCAAAGGGACUAGAGUGCAGCUUCCUGUCAGAAGUUGAAGCUCAAGGGCUUGCUUCAAUUAACUGCUUCCUCACCUCUUUUGAUUCUUUGAAAGUUUGAACUGCUGUGCUUGUAAGGAACUUGUAAGGCAUCAAUCGCUGUUGGUCUAAUGUCAGUGAAGCUCCACCAAGAAAAGCGCUUUAUUGUCUUCCAUGAUGCAAAUCAGCCAUUUCUGUUUCAUUAGCGGCAUGGAGGAGAGGAAGAGGAGCACUCCAUUGUCUUCCAUGAUGUGAUGGUGGAUAGGAUGAACUCAAAAUCCACAAGUCCUUUUUAUAGAAACCCGGUCCACUGUCAAGAUAUUAUCCGCUUUGGAUACAACGCGCUCUGAGAGUUUAGGAGCUCACAGACUAUUUAACAAGCCUUCGCCUUUCUUUUCCAAGCGAUGUGGAAUAUCACACUACUCUUCUUGAUACGCAAUGAUACUACGAAGAAUAUGCUGAGUUAUUUACAACUUCAAUUGUUGUGGAAGACAAUUCGUUGAAAGUUUCUGCUGCUGUCUUCAUAAGCUUUUACUUUCUGCACUUCUUCCAGAAUCAGACUUAAAAGAACAUUUUGGUUAGACAAAUUAUAGAUUUACAUGAUUUUGGAUUUUUUUUUUCCGAGGAGUACGGCUCAUUAUGUCUCUUAUCAGGAUGUCAUCUUUUCUCUAAUCAAUGAAAUUUCGUCAUAUUGUCCA